AUGUGGAGUGACGACCUGGGAAGCCAAGGCGCGAACCCGCCGCCGGCGUGGUCGACCAAGGCAAUUGGCGUGGAAGGACGGGGCAGUCACCACCGGUUCGCAUACGAGGCUUCUUUGGGCACCAAUCUUCACAGUGAAGGUGCCUACGAUGCGGGGACGACACCACUGCCAGAGAGCCGGACCGCGGCUGCUCCGGAGAUCAGGCAUGAGGCUCGGAUCUUCCUCCGGGAGCUCCAAACCCAGCGGUAUCUGUCAGUCGUACAGAAGAACCGCAGCGUCGAGCCCAUCAUGACAGAGCGGCCUGUAUCGCUGUUUGUGACGCACCUGAACCAGGAUGACUCGCUGGGCUUCGAGCACGAAGGCCUGCCGGCCUUGGGGAAAUUCCUCAGUGCGGGGCUCUUGGAGCUCGUGUCCAGCUGGGUAGGCGUAGAGAGCCACAGCGUCUCCUGCGACGGCGGGUUGGGCCGGUCCAGCGACUUCAAAUGGCACCCGGAUGCCACGCUGCAGCACGUGUCAAGCGGGCUCUGGCUGUACGUGGAUCCAGCGAAACCUGACGUGUUGAUGCUGCACAAGUUCUACAAGAGUCAGUGGGAGGCUGCGCCAGUCACCUGA